AUGGAGCCCGUGACACAUACUGUGAACCCAGGAGGUGAAGGGACAUUUAACUCGAUCACCAAUGCUUUGAAUGCGGCAGCUGCUGGUGACAGCGUUGCUGUGAAGCCGGGUCUGUACGAGGAAUUAUUGAAGGUGUUGAAGGAUGUUACACUCACUGCGAUAUCAGAUGAUUCUCUGGCGGAAAGUGAGGCUGUAAUUACGAAUGGUGUUGUUAUUGCUGCCAAUGCCACUAUGAAAGGGCUACGAAUUCGCGGCAAGGUAGAUGUUCGCAAAGGUCAUGCUCUGAUUGAAGACUGCGACAUUCAUGAUGGCCCUGAUGGGGUUCGUGUGGGGGAAGGCGCCAAACUCACGAUUCGACGUUCCCGUGUGCAUCACUGUGAAUCUGGCGGUGACGGGAUAUAUUUUUCACCUGGAUCCUCAGGCGAGGUGAUCGACUGCGACAUUUACGAGUGCCGCGUUAAUGGCAUUCACGCCUGUAAUGCCACUGUUACUGCCAGCAACAACCGUAUUCGUGAUGUCCUAUUUGGCAUGUACUUUCGUGGGCAAUCGACAGGUGCGAUGGAGAAAAACUCUGUAGAGCAUGUGCGGAAGUUUGGUAUUUAUGUAACUGAGGGAAGUGAUCCGGUGGUUCAAGGAAAUUUGGUUCGGGAAUGUGGAAUGCACUGCGCCUUUGUUUCUCAAGGGGGCAAGGGAAUCUGGACGGAGAACGCCUUUGAUGGUUCAAUGCAUGUACUUUGUGGCUGUGAUGCCAAGCUAGGCUCUAACCAAAUUAGUGGUAAGCUUGACGUGGACAUCAUGCCUGGCGUGGCCUAG